AGCACACCGAGUUACCACGCACGUGCCUCGCCUCGCCUCGCCUCGCCUCGUUACUGAGUUCAUCUUCAGAUAUACGAAUCGGAAGAGUUUAUUUUCUUGAGUUCCAUCACUCGCAUUUAUUUCAACGCAUUUCCCGCACACCGUUGAAACAUGAGCUAUCACAAACCCGACGAGAAAACUCUUCAGGGCCUGAAAGACAAAGCUAACAAGCUCAGGAUCCACUCCAUCAAGGAAACAUGCGCCUCAAACUCCGGACAUCCAACCUCCUGCUGCAGCGCUGCCGAACUCAUGUCGGUGUUGUUCUUCCACACCAUGCGUUACAAAGCUGAUGAUCCCCGCAACCGCUGCAACGACCGCUUCAUCUUGUCAAAGGGCCAUGCUGCUCCCAUUCUUUAUGCAGCCUGGGCAGAGGCUGGAUUCAUAAAGGAAUCCGAGCUGCUAAACCUGCGUAAGAUUGAUUCUGACCUGGAGGGUCACCCUACCCCUAAACUAGCAUUUGUGGAUGUGGCGACAGGCUCUCUUGGCCAGGGUUUAGGAGCUGCUUGUGGUAUGGCUUACACAGGAAAAUACUUUGACAAGUCCAGCUAUCGUGUUUACUGCAUGCUGGGAGAUGGUGAGUGUUCAGAAGGGUCUGUCUGGGAAGCCAUGGCUUUUGCUUCAUAUUACAAGCUUGACAAUCUGGUGGCCAUCCUUGAUGUCAACCGCCUGGGCCAGAGUGAGGCAGCCCCACUGCAGCAUAACAUGAACACCUACAAGGAGCGCUGUGAGGCCUUCGGCUUCAACACCUAUGUGGUUGAUGGACAUGAUGUGGAGGAGCUGUGCAAGGCUUUUUGGCAUGCUGAGCAAUUUAAAGGGAAACCCACUGCCAUCGUAGCUAAAACCUUUAAGGGCAAAGGUCUCAAAUGCAUUGAGGAUCAGGAUAACUGGCACGGGAAGCCUAUACCUAAAGACCGUAUGGACGAACUGCUUAAUGACCUCAUGAGCCAGAUCCAGUCCCCCAACAAGUCCCUCCACCCUCAGUUGCCCAAUGAAGAUGCUGCUCCUGUUGACUACACACCCAUCCACCUGCUCACAGCUCCAGAAUACAAGAUUGGCGAUAAGAUCUCCACCAGGAAGGCCUAUGGUGUAGCCCUGAAGAAGAUGGGAGAUUCCAGUUCUCGUGUUGUGGCCCUGGAUGGUGACACCAAGAACUCUACCUUUUCUGACAUCUUCAAGAAAGCCCAUCCUGAUCGCUACAUUGAGUGCUUCAUUGCUGAGCAGAACAUGGUCAGUGUGGCCAUUGGUUGUGCCACUCGCGAUCGCACUGUUCCAUUCGCCAGCACUUUUGCCGCCUUCUUUGCCCGUGCCUAUGACCACAUCCGCAUGGCAGCGAUCUCCCAGUCCAAUGUCAACCUGGCUGGAUCCCAUUGUGGUGUUUCCAUUGGUGAGGAUGGACCCUCCCAGAUGGCAUUGGAGGAUCUUGCAAUGUUCCGUGCUAUCCCAACAUGCACUGUGUUUUACCCCAGUGAUGGAGUAUCUACUGAGAGAGCUGUGGAACUUGCAGCCAAUACAAAGGGUAUCUGUUUCAUCCGUACCAGCCGGCCUGACACUGCAGUAAUUUAUGACGCUGGAGAUAAAUUUGAAGUUGGCAAAGCCAAGGUUGUGCGCCAGUCCGACAAUGAUCAGGUGACUGUCAUUGGAGCUGGAGUAACACUGCAUGAAGCACUUGCAGCGCAUGAGCAACUGGCUAAAGAAGGUGUGAACAUUCGGAUAAUUGAUCCAUUCACCAUUAAGCCCCUGGAUGCCACCACUAUUGUGGCGAGUGCCCGUGCCACAGGAGGAAGGGUGAUCACUGUUGAGGAUCACUACAAAGAGGGUGGCCUGGGUGAGGCUGUUCUGGCUGCAGUGGGUGAGGAGCCCGGCAUCAUGGUGCAGCGGCUGGCCGUGAGCCGUGUGCCCCAGAGUGGCAAACCACAAGAGCUUCUAGACAUGUUUGGCAUCAGUGCCAAAUCUAUCGUUGCUGCCGUCAAGCGCACUUUUGCCAACUAAAAUCAUCCCGUCCUUAAACCAACCUGAAUUACACCCUCCCUGUUUCUCCUCUCCUAACCCAGCACCAAGAGACCAAACUCACAACACAUUUAUCAUUCCAGAGGCUCACAGCAUUUUCACUGACUAGAUGAGUGGAUGGUGAAAGCUGGGGAUAUGCCCAUUUAGUCUGACAAUUUUCUCAAAAUCUGUGUGCACUAUAGUUUAGAGAGCAUCACCCCAUGGCUCUGAAAGGUUUCCAUUUUUGCAUAAUCAGUUUUGCCUUCUCGAGAGCUUUAAAUGCUGCAGUAACAUUGGGCUUUAAAGAAUGUAUUCCAAUUGACAUUUUCAAACACCUUAAAACAAGUCAUGUCACAUUGAAGUCAUUUCAUUAUGUCCCUGUAUCUUUUCACUGUGCUUUCUGUAAUUACUUUAAAGCUAAUAUCAUGAAAACUUCAAUGCAUGAUGGUGCUUUCAGAGAGUAGUGAGUGUGUCUCUAUCAUCUUUUCCCAUUUUGAUUGCUGUUGUGUAAGCUACUGAAUAUCCCAGUGUUGCUUUGGUACUUAAACGGUUUGGUUUUCGUGACUUGACAAUGUUUCUCAUGUUACUGAGACUCCCUUACUAUUGUUGCUUGUGUAAACUUAGUUUUCACUGCAUUCCAGGUGUUAAUAAAUGGAACUGUCCAUA